CUUCGAUGUGGGUUGACAGCUGUGCUGGAUGUUGACACUGAGGUUAUGGACCUCUGAAUUAAAGCCGAAGCCACGCACCAUGUCCUUAAAACCGCGGGUGGUGGAUUUCGAUGAGACGUGGAACAAGCUCCUGACGACAAUCAGAGCGGUUGUGAUGCUUGAUUACGUGGAGAGAGCAACGUGGAACGACCGCUUCUCUGACAUUUAUGCGCUGUGUGUUGCGUAUCCAGAGCCUUUAGGGGAAAGACUGUACACUGAGACGAAGGUGUUUCUGGAAAAUCACGUCCGUCAGUUGUUCAAGAGAGUCCUGGAGUCGGAGGAGAAGGUUUUGGUGAUGUAUCACAGAUACUGGGAGGAAUACAGCAAAGGUGCUGAGUACAUGGAUUGCUUAUACAGGUACCUUAACACACAGUUUAUUAAGAAGAACAAGCUGACCGAAGCAGACCUGCAGUACGGAUACGGAGGAGUGGAUAUGAAUGAGCCCUUAAUGGAGAUUGGAGAGCUUGCACUUGACAUGUGGCGGAAGCUAAUGAUUGAGCCCCUUCAGCCGAUGCUGAUCGGGAUGCUUCUGAAAGAGAUCAAGAACGACCGAAGUGGAGAGGACCCAAAUCAGAAAGUAAUCCAUGGGGUUAUCAACUCCUUUGUUCAUGUUGAACAGUACAAGAAAAAGUUUCCUCUAAAGUUUUAUCAGGAGAUCUUUGAGGGGCCGUUCCUGACAAAAACCGGAGAGUAUUACAAACAGGAAGCCUCCAAUCUACUGCAGGAGUCCAACUGCUCCCAGUAUAUGGAGAAGGUUUUAGGCCGGUUGAAAGACGAGGAGGUGAGAUGUCGGAAGUAUCUGCACCCCAGCUCUUACGCCAAAGUCAUCCAUGAAUGUCAGCAGAGGAUGGUGGCCGAUCACCUGCAGUUCCUGCACGGCGAGUGUCAAAAUAUCAUCAGACAGGAAAAGAGAGACGAUAUGGCGAAUAUGUACACGCUACUGCGAGCCGUGUCCAGCGGCUUACCUCACAUGAUCCAGGAGCUCCAGGUCCACAUCCACGAUGAGGGUCUCAGAGCCACCAGUAACCUCUCUCAGGAAAACAUGCCAACCCUGUUUGUGGAGUCAGUGUUGGAGGUUCAUAGUAAAUUUGUCCAGUUGAUUAACACAGUGUUGAAUGGGGACCAACACUUCAUGAGUGCGCUUGAUAAGGCCUUGACUUCAGUAGUGAACUACAGAGAGCCCAAAUCCAUCUGCAAAGCGCCUGAGCUGCUGGCUAAGUACUGUGACAAUCUGUUGAAGAAAUCUGCAAAAGGAAUGACGGAGAAUGAAGUGGAGGACAAACUGACCAGCUUCAUCACGGUCUUCAAAUACAUUGAUGACAAAGAUGUGUUUCAGAAGUUUUACGCCAGAAUGCUUGCAAAGAGGUUAAUACAUGGACUUUCAUUAUCCAUGGACUCAGAGGAAGCCAUGAUCAACAAACUGAAGCAAGCGUGUGGCUAUGAAUUCACGAGCAAACUGCACAGAAUGUACAUAUUGUUUUAUUGUUUUGUUUUCAGUUUUAAUAUUAGUUCAAGUUCCAAUAAUAACAGAGGUAAUUUACAUAAUAAAGUCUUAAAGGGGCAGUUGCGAAAACGGCGUGUUUUAUUAUAAUGGCCAGAGAAAGGGUUGAAGCGGCAUCUAAUUUUUCUUAAUCAAAUAUUUUAUUUGUAUUUAAGUUAACAAAAAGUAAUUUUUUAACAACACUGGUUCUUGUUUGUGUCAGGCGAGGUAAAGAUGAAUUAUCUGUCCAAGCCCUACGUGGCGGUGGUGACCACCUAUCAGAUGGCCGUUCUGCUGGCGUUCAACAACAGCGAGACUGUGAGCUACAAAGAACUGCAGGACAGCACGCAGAUGAACGAGAAGGAGCUCCAGAAGACCAUUAAAUCCCUGCUGGACGUCAAGAUGAUCAGUCACGACUCGCAGAAAGAGGAGAUCGAAGCCGAAUCCACGUUUUCCCUAAUUAUGAGUUUCACCAGUAAAAGAACAAAGUUCAAGAUCACAACAUCGAUGCAGAAAGACACGCCACAGGAGCUGGAACAGACGAGGAGUGCCGUGGAUGAAGACAGGAAAAUGUAUUUACAGGCUGCUAUAGUGAGGAUUAUGAAAGCCAGGAAAGUCUUGAGACACAACGCUCUCAUACAGGAGGUAAUCAACCAAUCCAAAGCGAGAUUCAACCCGAGUAUCAGCAUGAUCAAGAAGUGCAUUGAGGUUCUUAUCGACAAGCAGUACAUCGAGCGAAGCCAGAGCUCUGCGGACGAAUACAGCUAUGUCGCAUAAAAACAUAUUCAUUUAAUGAAAGAAAAUAAACAAAAAAACGCCGUUAAGCGUGAACGGUAGACAUGUCUUUUAUUUUCGGCUCUGGCUGGCUCCGGCACUCAACCAUCGGAUCGAAUCGGGACUCUGUGCCUCCAUCUUUGUUAAAAAGGGCCUCCGAGUAGCUGGACAGUCAUCAAAAGCACCCCCAUCCCGCCCCCUUCUGAUUUUAUGCUGUUUACAUCACCAGUGCCACGCCAAGUGCGUCUAUGAAAAAGGAAAAUGCCUAUAGCUACUCGAACGUAAAAGGAUAAUACAUUUUUAGACUUAAUCGUACAAGAGAAAGCGAGCGAAUGAAAUGCAUCACAUAGAGCAAAACAGGUGAAGUGUUUGAGAAACGGCCGAAAAAACAACCACGCUUUCUUUUCUCACGUUGCAGUUGUUGUGUGUAUUCUUUUUUUUAAUGUAUCAAAGUCAAAGAACUAUUGUAAUAAAACCGGUAUACUGAUAAUUGCAUUUACUUUCAAGAUAUAAAAAACAAAUAUGAGGUGACAAACAUGAUUCUGCUGCUUGUCAAAUAAACAAAUAAAAAACACACUUUUUUUCG